AUUAGGGUCGUUAAGAUAGUAUUAGAAUCUGUAUUUCCAAUUACCACACCGAACUCUUCUUUUCUUCUCUUCUUCGGUCGUAAUUCUAUGACAUGGACGGCGGUCUGAACAAGAUCGUUCCCGUACUCAUCGCCCUCUUCCUACUCACUUUCCUACUUCUCGUCGCUCAGAUCCUCUACCUUCUCUUGCGACGGCGCCACCAACACGGCGCCGCCGAUCCCAAUGAAAAAUGCUUCUACUUUUUCUGUUGGAGGAACCAAUUGCGGAUAGAACCAAAGGAAAUCGCGUGCAUUUCAAAAACCCACCAUAAUUUCGAAGCGGCGGCGGUGGUGGUGGAGGAGUGGCAGGAGCUGGGCGGACCGUCGAGAACGCUUUUCACUAUCCAGGAAGAGGAGGAGAGUGAAGGAAUCGAAUCUUCGAGUACGAUGUCGUUUCAUACGCCCUGUGGUUCUCCUGCCUACUACUUCACCCCGUCGCCGUCGCCUACUCGUGAAGCCGGCAACUUUCCGGUGGAUGGUGAUUGUUGGGACCACAAUCGAACGACGCCGUUUUUGGCUAUUGAAAUUAGCAGCCACUGAUUACACACACUCUACGAGUUACACGAGCGAUGAUUCCGGCUUUCAACUCUCUUGGAUGACAUGGCGGUCCACCAAUUGCAUGACUUUUCUGCCACGUCAGCUACGCUCAGGAAAGAGUAGGACCCACACAACCGAUGGGUUACUUUAAUAUUUUAUCUUUUACCUUUUGCUCUUUUCUGGUUGGAGUAAUCUAGUGCGGGUAGGUGUAGGUGCACAUUUUUUAAGGGAA